ACGGUCCUAUUACUUGUUCAAAAAUCUUUUGCUUAUUUUGCGAAACCGCCGCCAUUAGUUUCUGUCAGACGACCUCUUACUUUCCUUAAAUUUUAGUAAUCUGUUGCUUAUUCAAAUUUUACUUUCCUUAAAUUUUCAGACCUUAAAUUUUAGUAAUCUGUUAGAUCUCUUAUCUCCAUUGCCCCAAGAGCAAAGUAAAUACCCUCUGGAUUCACCAUCUCAAUAACACCCUAAAAUAGAAUGGUAGGGAUCUCCGCCGGUGAAUCAAUGAAAUCAUUACCACAAAACGAUUGGAUUAAUUUGUUGAAGAAUUUGGAUACCUCUCAGAUUGCCGACCUCUUUAAUGGGGUUUGCUUAGAUUGUCAAACUUCUCUUAAAUCCCGUCUUAUCUCCAUUGCUAAUGAGAAAAGUGUCAAAAGACCCAAUGGAGUGGAUUCAUCAAGUUCUUUUUCUUCUGAGACGAGUACACUAUCUUCUACUGUUAACAAUAACCAACAACAUAGUGAUCAUGAGAGAAAUCCACAUAACAGAGAAUCUAACCACUCGAGACAAGAGAUCAAUGCUGAUUAUAUAUAUCCGGCAUCAGUUAACUCAAAGCCACAAUUACGUGAUCUUUUCAGCAACUGUGAAUCAUCUACCAGCUAUGGUAAUCACGAGCCUUCAUCUACUGUCGCUAAUGGGACGGCUGAUGAGGAAUGGCGCAGAUUUUCACGGAUUCAGAGGAAGAAGGAUUUUGUUCAUUAUGACAGGGUUGAUGGGAAAAGGCUCAAUGUGGUUCAAGGAUUGGAGCUUCAUACUGGGGUUUUCAAUGCUCAAGAACAAAAGAAAAUCGUUGAAAGUGUGUACAAGUUCCAGAGGAUGGGACAAAAAGGCGAGCUUAUGGCACGUACUUACUCUGAACCACACAAAUGGAUGCGUGGGAAAGGACGUGUAACCAUUCAAUUUGGUUGCUGUUACAAUUAUGCAGCGGACAAGGAUGGGAAUCCUCCGGGUAUAAUAAGGGAUGAAGAAGUGGAUCCCAUGCCUUCCAUAUUCAAAGAGAUGAUUACCAGGAUGGUAAAGUGGCAUGUCCUACCUCCUACAUGUGUCCCCAACAGUUGCAUAGUGAAUAUUUAUGAUGAAGGCGAUUGCAUCCCUCCUCACAUCGAUCACCAUGAUUUUCUCCGCCCAUUUUGCACCGUCUCUUUCUUGACUGAGUGUAAUAUUCUCUUUGGUUCAAAUCUUAAGAUCUUAAGCCCUGGAGAGUUCUCUGGUCCUGUUUCCAUCCCUCUUCCUGUCGGAUCCGUACUUGUUCUUAAAGGUAAUGGAGCAGAUGUCGCUAAACACUGUGUUCCUGCUGUCCCCGCAAAAAGGAUUUCCGUCACAUUUAGGAAGAUGGAUGAUAGCAAAAUCCCAUACCAAUUCUCUCCAGAUCCUGAUUUGCUGAACUUGAAGCCUCUUGUUCGAUCUACUUUGCCCAAAGCAGGCAUGGCACACCGAAAUCAACAUGAAGAAAUCAAAAUCAAUGGCGAAGCAAAUAAAUCAAAUAAAUCGGAAUUAGCUAGUAAAUCAAAUGCAAAAGCAACAGUUAGCCACUCAUUCAUCCUCGAAACAAACGACUUCCCCCCACUCGGUGCCAUGAAAUCGAGAAAAUAUUAACUCAGGCCGUCAUCAAUAUUGCCCAAUGGUCUUCUGGUUUUUAUUCUGUUAUUUUAGUCUUGUACAUGUAUGUACGAUUCGAUAAUUCUAGUAAUCAUCCUUAAUUGAUCCUUGAUAA